AUGGGGCUGCCGCUCGCCCUCCUGGUGGCCGUCGGCCUGGCCCUGAGCUCCCCCGGGGCCGCAGAGCUCCAGAGAGAGGGCAGGACCCGGAACCACGGCCACAGCGUCUGCAGCACUUGGGGCGACUUCCACUACAAGACCUUCGACGGCGAUGUCUUCCGCUUCCCUGGCCUGUGCGACUACAACUUCGCGUCCGACUGCAGGGGCUCCUACAAGGAGUUCGCGGUGCACCUGAAGCGGGUCUCCAGCCGCGACGGGGGGCGCCCCGGGCUCGAGUACAUCCUGCUGACCAUCAGGGAUGACACCAUCUACCUCACCCGCCAGCUGGUUGUAGUGAACGGGGCCAUGGUCAGCAUGCCACACUACAGCUCUGGGCUGCUCAUCGAGAAGAACGACGCCUACACCAAGGUCUACUCCCGGGCGGGACUCACCCUCAUGUGGAACCGGGAGGACUCACUCAUGCUGGAGCUGGACAGCAAGUUCCGGAACCACACGUGCGGCCUCUGCGGGGACUACAAUGGUCUGCAGACCUACUCCGAGUUCCUGUCUGACGGCGUGCUCUUCAGCGCCGUGGAGUUCGGGAACCUGCAGAAGGUCCACAAGCCCGAGGCGGUGUGUGAGGACCCCGAGGAGGGGCCGGUCCCAGAGUCCUGCUCCCAGCACCGCGCCGAGUGCGAGAAGCUGCUGGAGGCCGCGGCCUUCGAGGCCUGCGAGGGGCUGGUACCGCGGGCGCCGUUCGUGCGGGCCUGCAUGCAGGACCGCUGCCGCUGCCCCGACGGCCCCUCCUGCGCCUGCAGCACCCUGGCCGAGUUCUCCCGCCAGUGCUCCCACGCCGGCGGCCAGCCCGGCAACUGGAGGACCGCCGAGUUCUGCCCCAAGAGCUGCCCCGGGAACAUGGUGUACCUGGAGAGCGGCUCACCCUGCAUGGACACCUGCUCCCACCUGGAGAGCAGCCGCCUCUGUGAGGAGCACCGCAUGGACGGCUGUUUCUGCCCGGAAGGCACCGUGUACGACGACAUCGCAGGCAGCGGCUGCGUCCCCGUGAGCCGCUGCCACUGCAGACUCCACGGGCGCCUGUACUCGCCCGGCCAGCAGCUCCGCAGUGACUGCGAGGACUGUGUCUGCACCGCCGGCCGCUGGGUGUGCAGAGACUUGCCGUGCCCGGGCACCUGUGCCCUGGAGGGCGGCUCCCACAUCACCACCUUUGACGGGAAGAGGUACACCUUCCACGGGGACUGCUACUACGUGCUGAUCAAGGGCGACCACAACGACUCCUACGCCCUCCUGGGUGAGCUGGCCCCCUGCGGCUCCACCGACAAGCAGACCUGCCUGAAGACGGUGGUUUUGUUGGCGGACGACAGGAAGAACGUCGUGGCCUUCCAGUCGGACGGCGGCGUGCUGCUGAACGAGCGGCCGGUGAACCUGCCCCACGCGACCGCCAGCCUGUCUGUCUUCCGGCCGUCUUCACGGCACCUCGCGGUGAGCACCGCCGUGGGGCUCAGCCUCCAGGUGCAGCUCGAGCCUGUCAUGCAGCUCUUCGUGACGCUGGACCGGGCCGCGCAGGGGCGCGUGCAGGGCCUCUGCGGGAACUUCAACGGCCUGGAAGGGGACGACUUCAGGACGGCCGGCGGGCUGGUGGAGGCCACGGGGGCCGGCUUCGCCAACACCUGGAAGGCCCAGGCAAGCUGUCAGGACAAGCUGGACUGGCUGGACGACCCCUGCUCCCUCAACAUCGAGAGCGCCAACUACGCCGAGCACUGGUGCUCCCUGCUGAAGAAGACGGAGACCCCCUUUGGGAGAUGCCACUCGGCCGUGGACCCCUCAGACUAUUACAAGAGGUGCAAGUAUGACGCGUGUAACUGCCAGAACAGCGAGGGCUGCCUGUGUGCCGCUCUGUCCUCCUACGCCCGCGCCUGCGCCGCCAAGGGCGUUCUGCUGUGGGGCUGGCGGGAGCAAGUCUGCAACGAGGACGUGGGCUCUUGCCCCAGCUCCCAGGUGUUCCUGUACAACCUGACCACCUGCCAGCCCACCUGCCGCUCGCUCUCCGAGGCCGACGCGCACUGCCCGCAGGGCUUCGCGCCUGUGGACGGCUGCGGCUGCCCCGACGACACCUUCCUGGACGAGAAGGGCCGCUGUGUGCCCCUGGCCAAGUGCUCCUGCUACCACCAUGGCCUCUACCUGGAGGCCGGGGAGGUGGUGCUGAGGCAGGAGGAGCGCUGCGUCUGCCAGAACGGGAGGCUGCACUGCAGGCCGGUCAGGCUGCUCGGCCAGAGCUGCUCGGCCCCAAAGAUCUACGUGGACUGCAGCAACCUGACGGCCCUGACCGUCCAGAGCUCGCGGCCCACCAGCUGUCAGACGCGGGCCGCCGGCCACUACCAGACAGAGUGCGUCAGCGGCUGCGUCUGCCCGGACGGGCUGAUGGACGACGGCCGUGGCGGCUGCGUCAAGGAGGCGGAAUGCCCGUGUGUGCACAACAAGGACCUGUACUCCCCCGGGGACAAGAUCAAGGUGGACUGCAACACCUGCACCUGCCGGCGAGGGCGCUGGGCGUGCACCGAGUCCCUGUGCCACGGCUCCUGCUCCAUCUACGGGAGUGGCCACUACGUCACCUUCGACGGGAAGUACUACGACUUUGACGGGCACUGCUCCUACGUGGUGGUGCAGGACUACUGCGGCCAGAACUCCUCCUCAGGCUCCUUCAGCAUCAUGACCGAGAACGUCCCCUGUGGCACCACGGGUGUCACCUGCUCCAAGGCCAUCAAAAUCUUCUUGGGGAGGACGGAGCUGAAGCUGGAGGACAAGCACCGCCUGGUGAUUCAGCGGGACACGGGCCACCACGUGGCCUACACCACGCGGGAGGUGGGCCAGUACCUGGUGGUGGAGGCCAGCAUCGGCGUCAUCGUCAUCUGGGACAAGAAGACCACUGUCUUCAUCAAGCUGGCCCCGUCCUACAAGGGCCGGGUCUGCGGGCUGUGCGGGAACUUUGACCAGCGCUCCAGCAACGACUUCACCACGAGGGACCACAUGGUGGUGGACAGCGAGCUGGACUUCGGGAACAGCUGGAAGGAGGCCCCCACCUGUCCGGACGUGAGCGUCACCCCGGAUCCCUGCGCCCGGAACCCGCACCGCCUCUCCUGGGCCCAGAAGCAAUGCAGCAUCAUCAAGAGCUCGGUCUUCAGUGUCUGUCACAGCAAGGUGGACCCCAAGCCCUUCUACGAGGCCUGCGUCCACGACUCCUGCUCCUGCGACACGGGCGGGGACUGUGAGUGCUUCUGCUCAGCCGUGGCCUCCUACGCUCAGGAGUGUACUAAGGAGGGAGCCUGCGUGUUCUGGAGGACGCCGGACCUGUGCCCCGUAUUCUGUGACUACUACAACCCCCCAGACGAGUGUGAGUGGCACUACGAGCCCUGUGGGAACCGCAGCUUCGAGACCUGCAGGACCGUCAACGGCAUCCACUCCAACAUCUCCGUGUCCUACCUGGAGGGCUGCUACCCCCGGUGCCCGGAGGACAGGCCCGUCUACGACGAGGACCUGAAGCGGUGCGUCACGGCGGACCAAUGUGGCUGCUAUGUCGGGGACACCCGCUACCCACCCGGAGCACCUGUUCCCAGCGAGGAGGACUGCCAGUCUUGCGUGUGUGCCAACACCUCGAAAGUCUGCCAGCCAGAAGAAGGGAAGAUUCUCAACUACACCCAGGACGGCUUCUUCUGUUACUGGGAGGUCUGUGGCCCCAACGGGACGGUGGAGAGACACUUCAACAUCUGUGUGUCCACCACCUCCCGGCCGCCUUCCACCAGGAUCCCAGUCACCUCCAGCACCCCCCUCACCACCACCACGACCACCCCGACUCCCACCCCCUCCCCGACCCCCAGGACGUGCUGUUUCUGGUCCGACUGGAUCAACGAGAACCGCCCCAGCACGCACGGCAGCGGCGGCGACCGGGAGACCUUCGCGGGCGUCUGCGAGGCCCCUGAGGACAUCGAGUGCAGGCUGGCUGUGGAACCCCACGUCAGCUGGGAGCAGGCGGGCCAGAAGGCACAGUGCAAUGUCACCUUCGGGUUCGUUUGCUACAAUGAAGACCAGUUUGGAAACGGGCCAUUUGAGGUCUGUUACGACUACGAGAUUCGCGUCAAUUGCUGUGUGCCGAUGGAUCAGUGUCCCCCGUCCACGACCACGGCCACCACCACCACCACUACAUCCACACCUACGCCAGAACCCCCGACGACCACCACGACUACCACCACAGCCACGCCGACCCCCACGACCACCACCACGCCGACCCCGACCUCGACCCCCACCAUCAGCACCACCACGGGCACCAGGACCACAACGCCAGCCACGACCACCACCACGGUGACCCCAACCUCGACCCCCACCAUCAGCACCACCACGGGCACCGAGACCACAACGCCCACCACGACCACCACGACCACGACCACGCCGACCACCACCACCACAGGCACAGAGUCCCCGACCACCAGCACCACCACGCCUACCCAAGGGUUAAACACCACAGAGCCAACAAUCGCUCCGUGUGUGCCUCAGUGCAACUGGACAGGCUGGCUGGAUUCUGGGAAACCGAACCCUUCUAGACCAGGUGGGGAUAUUGAAUCGAUUCAGGGCCUCUGUAAAGAAGGCUGGGCAGCCAACAUCUCCUGCAGAGCUGUGAUGUUUCCCCACAUUCCCAUCGAAGAACUUGGGCAAAAGUUGGUGUGCGACCUCUCUGUUGGGCUGGUGUGCAAAAAUGAAGACCAGAAGCCGGGGGGCAUCACACCACCCGUCUGCCUCAACUACGAGAUCAAUGUCGAAUGCUGUGUAUUGCCGGACUACUGUAUCUCCACACCGCCUCCUGCCAGCACCUCGACCCCGACCCCCACCACGACCACCACCACGGGCACCCCGACCACCACCCCCACUACCACAACCACCACAGGCACCCCGACGCCGACCGCUACCACGCCCACAGGCACCGCAACCACCACUCCCGUUAUCACGACCACCACGGGCAUUCCGACUUCGACCCCCACCAUGAGCACCACCACAGGCACCGAGACCACAACACCAACCACGACCACCACGACGGUGACCCCGACGUCGACCCCCACCAUCAGCACCACCACGGGCACCGUGACCACAACGCCCACCCCGACCACCACCACGGUGACCCCGACCUCGACCCCCACCAUCAGCACCACCACGGGCACCGAGACCACAACGCCAGCAACGACGACCACCACUGUGACCCCGACCUCGACCCCCACCAUCAGCACCACCACGGGCACCGAGACCACAACGCCAACCACGACCACCACCACGGUGACCCCGACCUCGACCCCCACCAUCAGCACCACCACGGGCACCGAGACCACAACGCCAGCCACGACCACCACCACGGUGACCCCGACCUCGACCCCCACCAUCAGCACCACCACGGGCACCGAGACCACAACGCCAACCACGACCACCACCACGGUGACCCCGACCUCGACCCCCACCAUCAGCACCACCACGGGCACCGAGACCACAACGCCAGCCACGACCACCACCACGGUGACCCCGACCUCGACCCCCACCAUCAGCACCACCACGGGCACCGAGACCACAACACCAACCACGACCACCACGACGGUGACCCCGACGUCGACCCCCACCAUCAGCACCACCACGGGCACCGUGACCACAACGCCCCCCCCGACCACCACCACGGUGACCCCGACCUCGACCCCCACCAUCAGCACCACCACGGGCACCGAGACCACAACGCCAGCCACGACCACCACCACGGUGACCCCGACCUCGACCCCCUACAUCAGCACCACCACGGGCACCGAGACCACAACGCCAGCCACGACCACCACCACGGUGACCCCGACCUCGACCACCACCAUCAGCACCACCACGGGCACCGAGACCACAACGCCAGCAACGACCACCACCACUGUGACCCCGACCUCGACCCCCACCAUCAGCACCACCACGGGCACCGAGACCACAACGCCAGCCACGACCACCACCACGGUGACCCCGACCUCGACCCCCACCAUGAGCACCACCUCGGGCACCGAGACCACAACGCCAGCCACGACCACCACCACGGUGACCCCGACAUCGACCCCCACCAUCAGCACCACCACGGGCACCGAGACCACAACGCCAGCCACGACCACCACUGUGACCCCGACCUCGACCCCCACCAUCAGCACCACCACGGGCACCGAGACCACAACGCCAACCACGACCACCACCACGGUGACCCCGACCUCGACCCCCACCAUCAGCACCACCACGGGCACCGAGACCACAACGCCAGCCACGACCACCACCACGGUGACCCCGACCUCGACCCCCACCAUCAGCACCACCACGGGCACCGAGACCACAACGCCAGCCACGACGACCACCACGGUGACCCCGACCUCGACCCCCACCAUCAGCACCACCACGGGCACCGAGACCACAACGCCAGCAACGACGACCACCACUGUGACCCCGACCUCGACCCCCACCAUCAGCACCACCACGGGCACCGAGACCACAACGCCAACCACGACCACCACCACGGUGACCCCGACCUCGACCCCCACCAUCAGCACCACCACGGGCACCGAGACCACAACGCCAGCCACGACCACCACCACGGUGACCCCGACCUCGACCCCCACCAUCAGCACCACCACGGGCACCGAGACCACAACGCCAGCCACGACCACCACCACGGUGACCCCGACCUCGACCCCCACCAUCAGCACCACCACGGGCACCGAGACCACAACGCCAGCCACGACCACCACCACGGUGACCCCGACCUCGACCCCCACCAUCAGCACCACCACGGGCACCGUGACCACAACGCCCACCCCGACCACCACCACGGUGACCCCGACCUCGACCCCCACCAUCAGCACCACCACGGGCACCGAGACCACAACGCCAACCACGACCACCACCACGGUGACCCCGACCUCGACCCCCUACAUCAGCACCACCACGGGCACCGAGACCACAACGCCAGCCACGACCACCACCACGGUGACCCCGACCUCGACCCCCACCAUCAGCACCACCACGGGCACCGAGACCACAACGCCAGCAACGACCACCACCACUGUGACCCCGACCUCGACCCCCACCAUCAGCACCACCACGGGCACCGAGACCACAACGCCAGCCACGACCACCACCACGGUGACCCCGACCUCGACCCCCACCAUCAGCACCACCACGGGCACCGAGACCACAACGCCAGCCACGACCACCACGACCACGACCACGCCGACCACCACCACCACAGGCACAGAGUCCCCGACCACCAGCACCACCACGCCUACCCAAGGGUUAAACACCACAGAGCCAACAAUCGCUCCGUGUGUGCCUCAGUGCAACUGGACAGGCUGGCUGGAUUCUGGGAAACCGAACCCUUCUAGACCAGGUGGGGAUAUUGAAUCGAUUCAGGGCCUCUGUAAAGAAGGCUGGGCAGCCAACAUCUCCUGCAGAGCUGUGAUGUUUCCCCACAUUCCCAUCGAAGAACUUGGGCAAAAGUUGGUGUGCGACCUCUCUGUUGGGCUGGUGUGCAAAAAUGAAGACCAGAAGCCGGGGGGCAUCACACCACCCGUCUGCCUCAACUACGAGAUCAAUGUCGAAUGCUGUGUAUUGCCGGACUACUGUAUCUCCACACCGCCUCCUGCCAGCACCUCGACCCCGACCCCCACCACGACCACCACCACGGGCACCCCGACCACCACCCCCACUACCACAACCACCACAGGCACCCCGACGCCGACCGCUACCACGCCCACAGGCACCGCAACCACCACUCCCGUUAUCACGACCACCACGGGCAUUCCGACUUCGACCCCCACCAUGAGCACCACCACAGGCACCGAGACCACAACACCAACCACGACCACCACGACGGUGACCCCGACGUCGACCCCCACCAUCAGCACCACCACGGGCACCGAGACCACAACGCCAGCCACGACCACCACCACGGUGACCCCGACCUCGACCCCCACCAUCAGCACCACCACGGGCACCGAGACCACAACGCCAGCAACGACGACCACCACUGUGACCCCGACCUCGACCCCCACCAUCAGCACCACCACGGGCACCGAGACCACAACGCCAGCCACGACCACCACCACGGUGACCCCGACCUCGACCCCCACCAUCAGCACCACCACGGGCACCGUGACCACAACGCCCACCCCGACCACCACCACGGUGACCCCGACCUCGACCCCCACCAUCAGCACCACCUCGGGCACCGAGACCACAACGCCAGCCACGACCACCACCACGGUGACCCCGACCUCGACCCCCACCAUCAGCACCAGCACGGGCACCGAGACCACAACGCCAGCCACGACCACCACGACGGUGACCCCGACUUCGACCCCCACCAUCAGCACCACCACGGGCACCGAGACCACAACGCCAGCCACGACCACCACUACGGUGACCCCGACCUCCACCCCCACCAUCAGCACCACCACGGGCACCGAGACCACAACGCCAGCCACGACAACUACCACCGCCACAGUGACCCCGACGGCGACCCCCACCAUCAGCACCACCACGGGCACCGAGACCACAACGCCAGCCACGACCACCACCACGGUGACCCCGACCUCGACCCCGACCCCCACCAUCAGCACCACCACGGGCACCGAGACCACAACGCCAGCCACGACAACUACCACCGCCACAGUGACCCCGACGGCGACCCCCACCAUCAGCACCACCACGGGCACCAGGACCACAACGCCAGCCACGACAACUACCACCGCCACAGUGACCCCGACGGCGACCCCCACCAUCAGCACCACCACGGGCACCGAGACCACAACGCCCACUCCGACCACCACCACGGUGACCCCGACUUCGACCCCCACCAUCAGCACCACCACGGGCACCGAGACCACAACGCCAGCCACGACCACCACCACGGUGACCCCGACCUCGACCCCCACCAUCAGCACCACCACGGGCACCGAGACCACAACGCCAGCCACGACCACCACCACGGUGACCCCGACCUCGACCCCCACCAUCAGCACCACCACGGGCACCGAGACCACAACGCCAGCCACGACAACUACCACCGCCACAGUGACCCCGACGGCGACCCCCACCAUCAGCACCACCACGGGCACCGAGACCACAACGCCCACCCCGACCACCACCACGGUGACCCCGACUUCGACCCCCACCAUCAGCACCACCACGGGCACCGAGACCACAACGCCAGCCACGACCACCACGACGGUGACCCCGACGGCGACCCCCACCAUCAGCACCACCACGGGCACCGAGACCACAACGCCAGCCACGACCACCACCACGGUGACCCCGACCUCGACCCCGACCCCCACCAUCAGCACCACCACGGGCACCGAGACCACAACGCCAGCCACGACCACCACCACGGUGACCCCGACGUCAACCCCCACCAUCAGCACCACCACGGGCACCAGGACCACAACGCCAGCCACGACAACUACCACCGCCACAGUGACCCCGACGGCGACCCCCACCAUCAGCACCACCACGGGCACCGAGACCACAACGCCCGCCCCGACCACCACCACGGUGACCCCGACGUCGACCCCCACCAUCAGCACCACCACGGGCACCGAGACCACAACGCCAGCCACGACCACCACCACGGUGACCCCGACCUCGACCCCCACCAUCAGCACCACCACGGGCACCGAGACCACAACGCCAGCCACGACCACCACCACGGUGACCCCGACCUCGACCCCCACCAUCAGCACCACCACGGGCACCGAGACCACAACGCCAGCAACGACCACCACUACUGUGACCCCGACCUCGACCCCCACCAUCAGCACCACCACGGGCACCGAGACCACAACGCCAGCCACGACCACCACCACGGUGACCCCGACCUCGACCCCCACCAUCAGCACCACCACGGGCACCGAGACCACAACGCCAGCCACGACCACCACCACGGUGACCCCGACCUCCACCCCCACCAUCAGCACCACCACGGGCACCGAGACCACAACGCCAGCCACGACCACCACCACGGUGACCCCGACCUCCACCCCCACCAUCAGCACCAGCAUGGGCUCUACACCUACAGAAUCAACUACGCUUCUGACCAGCACGACAGCCAUCGUGGAGAUUUCCAGCACACUGUCUCCCUCUCCGCCAACUGAACCGAAGGGCUCUACCACUGGGGGCACCUCGGCCUCCCCUCCGCCCUCGCCUGGGAGCAGCACUCCAGGCACCACCACAGGAACCCCCAGGCCGCCCACGCCUUCCAGGCCCCCAACCGCCAGCACCACGACCUCCUAUGUGCCCACCCCCACCCUGACCCCGAUCUCCACCCCCAACGUCGGUGUGAGCACGGGCCCGGUCAGGUCCUCCACUCAGGUCCGCUGCUGCGUUUUGAACGAAACAUACUUCGCACCAGGCGAGAUGGUGUACAACGGCACGCACGGAGACACCUGCUACUAUGCGAACUGCUCGGUGUCCUGCACCAUUGAGAUCUUCAACUGGUCAUGCCCGUCCACGCCCUCCCCGGCACCCACCCCUGCCAAGCCGACACCCACCUCAACACCCAAACCACCCACGCCCACCGCAUCGAGCACAGUGGCCACCACCAAGCCCCCUGGGUGCCCGGACUUUGACCCUCCCAGACAGGAGAAUGAGAAGUGGUGGUUGUGUAACUGCACCAUGGCGAUCUGCAAGUACAACAACACCGUGGAGCUCGUGGAGGUGGAGUGCGAGAUCCCGCCUGAGCCCACCUGCGCCAACGGGCUCCGGCCCACGCUCGUCUACAGCCCCGAGGAGUGCUGCCCGCACUGGGAGUGUGACUGCUACUGCGCGGGCUGGGGCGACCCCCACUAUGUCACGUUCGACGGGCUGUACUACAGCUAUCAAGGGAACUGCACGUACGUGCUCGUGGAGGAGAUCACCCCCACGCUCGGCAACUUCGGCGUCUACAUCGACAACUACCACUGUGACGCCAACGACCGGGUGUCCUGCCCCCGCACGCUCGUGGUGCGCUACCAGUCCCAGGAGGUUCUCAUCAAGACCCUGCGGAUGAUGCCCAUCAAGGUCCAGGUGCAGGUCAACAGGCAGGUCGUGGCCCUGCCCUACAUGAAGAACGAGCUGCACGUGUACCAGUCGGGCAUCAACUACGUGGUGGAGAUCUCCAAGCUGGGCGCCCUCAUCACCUACAACGGACUUUCCUUCUCCAUCACGCUGCCCCACCGCCUGUUUGGCAACAACACCAAGGGCCAGUGCGGCACGUGCACCAAUGACACGGCGGACGACUGCAUGCUGCCCAGCGGGGAGGUCGUGUCCGACUGCGAGCUGGCCGCUGACCAGUGGGUGGUGAACGAUCCCUCCAAGCCACACUGUCCCCACACCCGCGUCACCACCCAGAGUCCGGCUGUCACGCCGCCCGGGGCCAGCACCACCUCCCGCAAGGACUGCGCGUCUCCUCUCUGCGAGCUCAUCAGAGACAGCUUGUUCGCGCCGUGCCACGCCGUGGUGCCCCCCAAGCACUACUACGAGGCCUGCAUGUUCGACAGCUGCUUCGUGCCCGGUUCGGGCCUGGAGUGUGCCAGCUUGCAGGCCUACGCCGCCCUCUGCACCCAGGCCAACAUCUGUGUCGACUGGAGGAAUCGCACCCACGGGGUCUGCUCAAUGACGUGCCCGCCGCACAGGGAGUACCGGGCCUGCGGCCCCGCGGAUGAACCCUCCUGCGAGUCUAGCGCAGCUGCUCUAAGGCCCAUAGCUCAGAAGAACGCCCGCCUGGUGGAAGGCUGCUUCUGUCCCGAGGGCACCAUGAACUACGCCCCCGGGUUCGACGUCUGCGUGGAGAUGUGUGGCUGCGUGGGACCUGAUGACGUGCCCAGAAAGUUCGGGGAGCACUUUGAGUUCGACUGCAAGGACUGCGUGUGCCUGGAGGGCGGCCGCGGCAUCAUCUGCGAGCCCAGGGAGUGCCGCCAGGAGCCGGUCACGUGCACGGAGGACGGCACCUACCCGCUCACCGAGGUCAACCCCGCCGACACCUGCUGCAACAUCACGUCCUGCAAGUGCAACACUAGCUUGUGCCAGGGGAAGCCGCCCAAGUGCCCGCUGGGCUUCGACGUGAGCAGCGAGACCAAACCCGGGAAGUGCUGCCCGUCCUACUCUUGUGUGCCCAAGGGGGUGUGUGUUCACGGGAAUGCUGAGUACCAGCCCGGGUCGCCAGUGUACUCCUCCAAGUGCGAGGACUGUGUCUGCACCAACCGCACGGACGGCGGCUCGCGGCUCAACGUCAUCUCCUGCACCCACGUGCACUGUGAGGACAGCUGCAGCCCCGGCUUUGAGCUGGUGGACGUGCCCGGGCAGUGCUGCGGCAAGUGUCAGCAGACCCACUGCAUCAUCAAGAGACCCGGCACCGAGACCAUCGUCCUGAAGCCCGGGGACAUACGUCACGACCCCACCAACAACUGCACCUUCUUCAGCUGCGUGAACGUCCACAAUCAGCUCAUCUCCUCCGUGUCCAACAUCACCUGCCCUGACUUCGACCCCAGCAUCUGCCUCCCAGGCUCCGUCACGCUCAUGCCCAACGGAUGCUGCAGGAAAUGCAUCCCUCGGAACGAGACCAGGAUCUUCUGUUCCACCAUCCCCAUGACCAAGGAAAUUUCUCACUCCGGCUGCACCAAGAAAGUUGUGAUGAACUCCUGCUCUGGGUCCUGCGGGACCUCCGUCAAGUACUCGGCCGAGGCCCAGGCCCUGGACCACCAGUGCUCCUGCUGCAAGGAGGGGCGCACCAGCCAGCGGGAGGUAGAGCUGAGCUGCCCGGACGGCAGCUCCCGGAAGCACCGCUACACCCACAUCGAGACCUGCUCCUGCCAGGACACCGUGUGCGGGCUCCCGCGGGCUCAGCGCAGGGCCCCCAGCCGCGAGCGGCGCGCCAGCCCCCGGGGCCUGCCCCUGGGGAGGGACUGA